AUGUUUAAAGCGAAAUCUUCAUCAUCUCCUAAAUAUUUUACACCAGUAAAAGACUCCAAAAAAUUUUUCAUUUCACGGUCAAGCAUAGCAGAAAGUCCCAAAUUUUCAGUCUAUAACCAAUCGUCAAGGACCCGCAGUACCUCGCCUUAUAACAGUCGACUUAUUACAAGCGAGAAUAAGAAAUUGAAAAUUCUCACAAACCCUCCAUACCGCAGACAAAGCACAAAUAGUGCACUUUCAAAUAAAAGUUUCAAAAGGAAUAAAAGUCUGGAUUCUUGUUCACCCACAAUUUAUCUCAAUGGGGAAGCGCUGCCGGACCCUGACGAAAUGUUUUCAUAUACAGGAUUAUUGAGACUAAACAAUAAAUACCAUGAAGAACUUAAUUCUCAACUAAGCACAGCUCCAGUUAGUUCGAAAAAAUGGUAUCAAGAGUGCAAAAAGACGUUCACAGAGCUGAUAUCAAGGCUAGAGCCUUUAUCAGCAGUCCUUGGAAGCAUAAAGUCAGGGUACGAAGCUUAUAUUGAUGAAAAAGAAAUAAGCAUUGAAGACCAAAUGGAACAAAUCAAUGACUUAAACGAAAAACUAAACCAGCAGAUUUUGGCUUAUAGAAAUGAUAUUUCAGCCCACAAAAAUGAGUCAAAAUUUGCACUGCCUGAAAGAAUUGUGAGGGAAAAUGCCACUUUAGGCAAAAAAAUAACAGAGUUAGAAGCAAAGUUAAAUAAAAUGAUGAAGAGAGACAAACAAUACGAAAAGCUAAUCCAAGCUUUAAAUCUACACGGUGUCCCAGUCAGUUAUAUCUACAACACUGAAGUGAAAAAUAAAAUGCAAAAACCUGAAACAAUAGAAAAAAGCAUUUUGCCUGUAGAGUAUAAUAAAGAUUCUGUACCAAAAUUAAAGCUGAUCAAAUCCAAAGAGAUUAUUAAAGAGCCUGUGAUUGAAAAAGAACACUCGCCACUAAAAAAUAAUCGUUCUGAGUCUUCAGACACGUCGUAA